GUGUGCCCAAGUCUUUAGAGAAACCUUCACACAACCUAAACUUACCAAAACAUCUAUGGUAACGGUUUAUACGGUCACAAUUACAUGUAACAUUUAAUUAAUGAUGCCUUCUUUUUAACGAAUCAGCAAGAUCUCAGUGACCCUUAAUCUUAAUAUCCAGUCACCUCUAUUUCACACCAGGUGGAUCUCACUUCAUUGGAGCAUAUCCGCUCACUGCACUGGGGAAUCCUUCAGUUACCUCCAAUGCUCCGUGACGGGCGCAAUUCAGCACUGGCGUUGGGGAGUCAACUACGCACCAUAGUCGACUGCAGUAACUUUGCGUAGAUUGCCUAUAUCGACAUUUAGCUAGGUUUAGAUAUUUUACUGUUUGGUGUUUUCUUGCCUACUUACAGAAACUUGAUGAGCGAGGCUUUCUUUGUAACGCAAUCGCCUGCUGUUGAUAGCAACCAGUAAUAGCGCGCAUGACGGAGCUGCGCCGUGGACUGAGCUGCCACUGUGCCACUGAAUGUACAGUACGCGCCGUGUGAGGAAGAGCACAUACCUUAUACCUUUCCCCUGUUGCGACGGACUAUCACGGACAAUCGUGACGCACAGCCUGCAAUUGAACCAUCGCGUAAACUACAGGUGUAAGGACCCUGGGGACGAGGGACUCCGGUCUCUUCUUCAGUCGCUCUCUAUCUUCUAAACUCCCCUCCUUAUCACUUAGCUGCUCUCAACUGAAGCCAAACAAUCAGAUUAGAUCUGGGUAGCUUUGCAACUGUCCUUAGAAGGUCCUGCUCUACCUUAACGAUACUAAUGCGCGGAUACUGUCAGUUUACACAGCCAGCGAGUACACGGACGGGCGGCGAGCAUGUAAAAUAAUCCACGCAAAAAUGGACCAAGGGAAAUACUUCUACAUCGUCGUUGUGCUUUUGCAAGUACUGGAAUUAACAUGCGGACAAUUCUUCCCAGGCAGCUGUACUUUUGAAGAGCACUACAGCAGCUGCGGCUACAGUGUCGCUCUGGGGACCACGGGCUUCGCCUGGGAGCAAGUCAACACAUGGGAGAAGCCCAGCAUGGACGCCUCUAUUCCCACAGGGUCCUUCAUGGUGGUCAACGCUUCUGGGCGUGCCUCGGGACAGAAGGCCCACCUGCUCCUCCCGACGCUGAAGGAGAACGACACCCACUGCAUCGACUUCCACUACUCCCUGACCAGCCGUGAUGGCUCCAGCCCCGGGUCCCUCAAUGUCUACAUAAAGGUGGACGGGGGUUCCCAAGGCAACCCUGUCUGGAACGCAUCCACUGUGACUGAGGGAUGGGUGAAGGCAGAGCUGGCCAUAAGCACCUUCUGGCCCAACUCCUACCAGGUGAUAUUCGAGGCUGUGUCGUUGCAGGGCCAUCCUGGUUUCCUGUCGGUGGAUGAAGUGCGAGUGAUGGCCCACCCCUGCCGUAAAGCUCCCCACUUCCUGCGACUGCAGAGUGUGGAGGUCAACGUGGGGCAGAACGCCACCUUCCAGUGUAUCGCCGGGGGCAAGUGGUCCCAUUAUGACAAGCUGUGGCUGCAGCAGUGGAAUGGGAAGGACACGGCGCUCAUGGUGACCCGGAUGGUAAACCAGCGUCGCUUCUCCGCCACUGUCAGCGUCCUUGACACCUCGCAGAGGGGCGCCAGCAAGUACCGCUGUGUCAUCCGCUCUGACGGCGGCUCCGGCGUGUCCAACUAUGCCGAGCUUAUCGUCAAAGCUCCCCCGACACCUAUCGCUCCCCCUGAGCUGCUGGCUGUGGGCGCCACUUACCUGUGGAUCAAACCCAACGCCAACUCCAUCAUCGGAGACGGGCCUAUCAUGUUGAAAGAGGUGGAGUACCGCACCACCAAAGGCAACCUGGUCGACACCCACAUCGUGGACUCGCCAACCUACAAGCUGUGGCACCUAGACCCGGAUGUGGAGUAUGAGAUCAAGGUUCUGCUGACCCGCCCGGGUGAGGGUGGCACGGGACCGCCUGGACCUCCCCUAGUCACCCGCACCAAGUGUGCUGAUCCGGUUCAACCCCCCCAGAGCGUGAAUGUGGUGGACAUCCGCGCCAGGCAGCUGACCCUGCAGUGGGAGGCCUUCGGCUACGCAUCGACGCGCUGCCACAGCUUCAACCUGACGGUGCAGUACCAGUACGUGUUCAACCAGCAGGAGUUUGCUGCUGAGGAGCUCAUCCAGACCUCCACCCACUACACGCUGCGCGGCCUUCGACCCUUCGUCACCGUCAAGCUGCGGCUAGUGCUGGCCAACGCAGAAGGCAGCAAGGAGAGCGAGGAGAUCGUCAAACAGACCGAGGAGGACGUGCCUGGUCCGGUUCCCAUGGAGUCACUUCAGACUGGACCUUAUGAGGAGAAGAUCUUCAUCCAGUGGAAAGCUCCCAAUGAGACCAAUGGUGUUAUCACUCUGUAUGAGAUCACCUUCAAGGCUCUGAACUCCCUGGACCCCAGUGCUGACCUCACCACGCAGCACGGGAGGGUGUUCAAGCUGCGCAACGAGACACACCACCUCUUUGUGGGCCUCUACCCCGGCACCACCUACUUCUUCACCCUGAAGGCCAGCACCAGCAAGGGCUUCGGCCCGCCCGUGACCACCCGCGUGGCCACUAAGAUAGCUGCGCCCUUAAUGCCAGAGUACGAGACUGACAUGUUGCUGAAUGAGACAGACACCACCAUCACCGUCCUCCUGAAGCCGGCCCAGUCCAGGGGAGCUCCUGUCAGUGCGUACCAGGUGGUGGUUCAGGAGGAUCGCAAGCAGAAGGUGCGGCGGGCAGCCGAGACGGUGGAGUGCUUCGCCGUGCCCAUCAGCUACCGGAACGCCUCCAUCCACAACUCAGCCCACUACUUUGCCGCCGAGCUGCCGCCAACCACCGUGGGCUCCAUGCACUCGUUCACCAUCGGCGACAACAAGACCUACAACGGCUACUGGAACGCGCCGCUCUCACCCGCCAAGAGCUACAGCAUUUACUACCAAGCCCUGAGCAGAGCCAAUGGGGAAAUCAAAAUUAACUGUGUGCGACUGGCUACAAAAGUGGUAAUAGGUAGGGGACAAAAUACCACGCCGUACAUACUUGUCAUCCCCAGUGAAGGUGCCUCCACCCAGAACUCCAAUGCCGUGGAGCCUGAGAAGCAGGUGGACAGCACGGUCAAGAUGGCCGGCGUCAUCGCUGGGAUCCUCAUGUUCGUCAUCAUCCUGCUGGGGGUUGUGCUGACAUUCAAGAGAAGGGAAAUUCACACCUGGAGAACCCUGAGCGUGGGAAGAAAUGCGUAUUCCUACUCUUACUACCUGAAACUUGCCAAGAAGCAGAAGGAGACGGCCAGCAGCAGCACCCAGCGGGAGAUGGGCCCCGUGGCCACGGCCGACAAGAGCACGGGCAAGGUCAGCACCCUGCACAAGGACGACCCCUUCUCCACCAGCAACCAGGACCUCAAUGGCUUCUCCUCCUCCUCCCCCUGCUCCUUCUCUGUCCAGGGCAAAACUCUUCAAAGCAAAACCCUCCUCAACUCCUACUACUCAGUGUCCAAAGAACCGGUCCCUGCAACUGCAUCGUUAGAAAGCAGCCACAGUGAGAUGGCCCAGCCUUCCCUGACCAUCCAGACGUACCCGUACGGGGGCUGUGAGUCGGUGGAGAUGUCCUACCAGGCGGGCCAGUUCCAGCCGGCCAUCCGCGUGGCCGACCUCCUCCAGCACAUCACUCAGAUGAAAUGCGGACAGGGCUAUGGCUUCAAGGAGGAGUAUGAGGGCCUUGCUGAAGGACAGACAGCCCCCUGGGAGACUGCCAAAAAGGACGAAAACCGCAACAAGAAUCGCUAUGGAAACAUCAUCGCUUACCCCACAGAUGAUCACACUCGGGUCCGGCUGCAACCGUUGGAUGGCGACCCCCACUCGGACUACAUCAACGCCAACUAUAUUGACGGGUAUCACAGACCAAGGCACUACAUCGCCACUCAAGGGCCUAUGCAGGAGACGGUGAGAGACUUCUGGAGGAUGAUUUGGCAAGAGAAUUCCGGCAGCAUCGUCAUGGUUACCAACUUGGUUGAAGUGGGCAGGGUGAAGUGUGUGCGCUACUGGCCCGAUGAGACGGAGGUCUACGGUGACAUCAAAGUGACGCUGAUUGAGACGGAGCCACUGGCAGAAUACGUCAUUCGCACCUUCACUGUCCAGAAGAAGAGCCACCAUGAGAUUCGAGAGAUCCGGCAGUUCCACUUCACCAGCUGGCCUGACCAUGGCGUGCCCUGCUACGCCACAGGCCUCUUGGGCUUUGUGCGUCAGGUCAAGUUCCUCAACCCGCCAGAUGCCGGACCAAUUGUGGUCCACUGCAGUGCCGGGGCUGGACGGACAGGCUGUUUUAUCGCCGUGGACAUCAUGCUGGACAUGGCGGAGAACGAGGGGGUGGUGGACAUCUUCAACUGCAUCCGGGAGCUGCGCGCACAGCGCGUCAACAUGGUGCAGACAGAGGAACAGUACGUGUUCGUCCACGACGCCAUCUUGGAAGCCUGUCUGUGUGGAAACACCGCCACCCCUGUGUGUGAAUUCAGAGCCAUAUACUACAACAUCAGUAGAAUAGAUCCCCAGACCAACUCCAGCCAGAUCAAAGAUGAGUUCCAGACGCUGAACAUUGUGACUCCGCGGGUCCGCCCUGAGGACUGCAGUGUGGGGCUGCUGCCACGCAACCAUGACAAGAACCGCAGCAUGGAUGUGCUGUCCGCCGACCGCUGCCUGCCUUUCCUCAUCUCUGUCGACGGCGAGUCCAGCAACUACAUCAAUGCUGCCCUCAUGGAUAGCCAUAAACAGCCAGCAGCCUUCAUAGUGACCCAGCAUCCCUUACCCAACACCGUGGCCGACUUCUGGAGGCUGGUGUUCGACUACAACUGCUCCUCCAUCAUCAUGCUGAAUGAGAUGGAUGCAGCACAGCUUUGCAUGCAGUAUUGGCCGGAAAAGAGCUCCUGCUGUUAUGGUCCCAUCCAAGUGGAAUUCAUCUCAGCAGACAUUGACGAGGACAUCAUCAACCGAAUCUUCAGGAUCUGCAACAUGGCACGGCCACAGGAUGGCUACCGCUUGGUGCAGCAUUUCCAGUUCCUGGGCUGGCCGGCUUACCGCGACACCCCGCUGUCCAAGCGCUCCAUUCUGCAGCUGGUGCGGAGACUGGCCAAGUGGCAGGAGCAGUACGAUGGAGGCGACGGCCGCACUGUGGUCCACUGCCUGACUGGUGGGGGCCGUAGCGGUACAUUCUGUGCCAUCUGUAGCAUCACUGAGAUGAUCCAACAGCAGAACAUUGUAGAUGUUUUCCACACAGUCAAGACUUUGCGGAACAACAAGUCCAAUAUGGUGGAAACCAUGGAGCAGUACAGGUUCUGCUAUGAGGUGGCUCUGGAGAGCCUUAAUGCUUUCUGAGAAUCCGGGAGAGAGUUUGAUGAGCAUCACAUACACGUCGGACACUCAAAGCUGUACAGAAAAACACACGGAAGAGGCCUCAGCUCUGAGCAAAUGUACAAAGAAGAGAGAUCAUGCUCCUGUUUGAGGAGUCAUGGCUUUGGAUUUUAUGUUGCAGGACAAAGAAUCGACAUCUGCUAAGAAGAAAAAAAAAAAAGAAAAAAAACCUUUAAAAAAAAAAAUGGACACUGCACUUCUUUUUUCCUCUCUUUUGUCUAUGUCCAGGAUCCACACGUGCAUCCUGGACUGUGAUGUGCUAUUGUACAGUACUUUUUAGAUAUAUACCUUGAAUGUUCCCAUCUGUGUAAAGAAAACUAGACUAAUGACUAAAGUGUAUACAUUACCACAAAGAAACGCUCUGGAUGCCACAUGGGGUCAACCAAAUAGACUAUAACUGAGCAGUGUACAGCUUCCUAACGGAAAGGCUUAAUUCAAAUUUGAACAAGUGAAAAAAAAUGCCUAAUCACAAAUAUUUUUCUUAUUAUAAUGCUUUUGUGGUUCCUAAAAUAUGAUGAAGUCAUGGCAUACGUUUUGUGCUUACACCCAAACGCACACAUUUUUUUUAUUUUUUUUAUUAUUAUCAUUAAGGGAAUUUGAAUAGUUGUUUGUAUUUUUGUUUGUGUCUGCUUUUUAUUUCACAUGUCAGUAUUGUGGUAUGGCCACCUAUGCCAAGCUUGAGUAAUGUUGCUAGUGUGGAUUUGUUGCAUUGCAAGUGAAAAGGUGGUUGAAGCUUUACUAUCCCCUGACUAUUGAGGCAGCACAGGCAGUGAAAUGUCAUGCCCUUUUUUUUUUUUUUUAAAUAUAUAACUUUUUUUUUUGUGUUGGUCAUUUUGCACUUUAUUUUGCACGUCCUUACCUCCAGUACUGAGCAUUUAUAAGACAAGCAGUGGCAUGGGAUUGCUAGUGCCAAUUGACAUUACACAGAAACAGACACUCAAGUCAGCUGUACAAAGUUAAAUACACAGAGUAAACAAGAACCGAGGCCAGUGCUUGUACUGUGCCGAAAGUCCAACCAGUCAACAUAAACAUUUGGUACUAAGAUAGAGGGACAUGAGGUGUGAAUGCUUGAUUUGAAUUAUACUCCCAUUCACAUGAAAUGAUGAACACACUCACAGACAAAAAAAAAAUAAAAAAAAUCGAAACCUGUCAUUUUUUUACCUGGCAAUGAAGAAGUGAUCAUUUUGCGAUUAGGAGGCGAGCUCUGGAGUGACCUUUGCACGCUAACCGUGUUUUGACUGUGUUCUCUGUAUGCUGACCAGUUUUUGUACAGUAUUGUUCUCGGUUUGUCAUUAGAAUGUUCUGCUCAAUGUAUGCAGCUAGUCGAAGGGUUAGAAACGGGAGACUGAUGAUCCUUCAAAAAAACACAGUUGGUAUUCUGAAUUCUGGGCACUGUGAAUGGUAAUACUCUGAAGAAUAGAGGAAUAAUUUAAGAUAGGCAUUGAAAGUUUGAAUGCAUUCUUUUUUCUGUCCUUUAAAUUUUCAUACCGUGUCUCCACUGCCUGUACUAUAUUUUUAUUUCACUUCUAUCUUUUUGUUGUAUUUGAACAUUUUUUAUUUGUCUAGCAAAGUGAUAUUUAGAACUGGUGAUUUACUUGCCAUGGUUGUUCUGUUGUUUGGAAUUGUGGUAACAUCAAUAAAGGGACCAAAAUGUUGACCGAC